AUGGACACCUCGACCGGAUUCAUCACAUUACCCACAGAUUUCUGUCACAUCACAGAUUCAAAAGAGGAGCUUAUUCAGCAUGUUUGCCCAGAUAUAGCGCAAAAGUGCAUUUACCAUAAUUGGUUGGGUGAACGAGCAAUAUUGGCAGCGAAAAAUGAAGAUGUCGAGGAUCUCAAUGCGCCCAUUCAGAAUUUUCUUCCAGGUCGGUUGGUUUCUUUCAAAUCAGUGAACCAGAAUAACGUAGUCAACUAUCUCACAGAGUUUUUAAAUUUACUGGUUUUGCCUGGAUUACCACCUCACAAUUUGCAGUUAAAAGUAGGAUCAGUUGUCAUCACGCUGCGUAACAUUAAUCAUCGACUAUGCAAUAGAACAAGACUGGCUGUGAAAAAGCAGUUGAAUAACGUCAUUGAGGCAACAAUCAUAAAAUCAAAAUACAAAGGGGAGGAUGUCUUGAUGCUUCGAAUACCGCUGAUUCCAACUGAUUUACCAUUCGAUUUUAAACGCUUACAAUUUCCAGCACGUCUGGCCUUUGCGAUGACAGUAAAUAAAUCGCAAGGACAGUCUUUAGAAGUUUGCGGAAUCAACUUGGAGUUUCCCUGA